AUGAAGAACCAUAAGCAACAAGCCUUGUUUCGCUCACAGACAGUCACUUCGUCGCCUACGAUACGAAAGCACCAAACCGUGAUCGCUGCCCAACCACUGUCGCCCUCCUCGUUACCGCCAAACGCCCUCUCUACACCCACUAUCAUUCAAGCCGAUAUGGUCCCUCUCGCUUUUACCGCAGGCCUAGGACCUAAGAUGACCGGCCAAACCGCUGCAUCCAACGGCACUUCGAACGGAGGCUCGAACGGCAGUACGGGCUCUACUUCGACCUCCAGCUCCAGCUCGAGCCCUGAGUCGUCUCGAUAG